CCUAGAUUAUAAUUUAUCCUGUGUGGCUCAAUCGAACGAAAUGAGUUGACACAUACGGUUGAAUUGAUUUGUACGCUAUUUCUGUAGCAGUGAAUUUGGUGUUUAAAAGUUAUAAAACUCUUUGAAAAUUGACAUUUUUCACUUGUUUUUAUAAUUGGCGAAUUUUAGGAUGGCAGAUAGUGAACAAAAAGCAACACAGCUUAUUAGUGACGCUGAGAAGAAAGUGAAUUCUGCGCAAGGGUUUUUCGGUCAGCUUUUUGGAGGUUCAUCGAAGCUGGAAGAAGCAUGUGAAAUGUAUACAAGAGCUGCAAAUUUGUUCAAGAUGGCCAAGAAAUGGACAGCUGCUGGAAAUGCUUUUUGUGAGGCUUCAUCUUUACACCUAAAGCUCGGAAGUCGGCAUGAUGCUGCUACAUGCUAUGUAGAUGCUGGAAACUGCUAUAAGAAAACUGAUCCUCAAGAGGCAGUUAAUUGUCUCCUCAAGGCUAUAGAGAUCUACACAGAUAUGGGCCGUUUUGCAAUAGCUGCCAAACAUCAUGUAACAAUUGCUGAAAUAUAUGAAACCGAAAUUGUUGAUGUAGAAAAGGCUAUCUCACACUUCGAACAAGCAGCAGAUUAUUUUAAGGGAGAAGAAUCAAACAGUUCGGCCAACAAGUGUCUCCUUAAUGUUGCAAAAUAUGCUGCUCAAAUGGAACAGUACCAGAAAGCAAUUGAAAUUUAUGAAGAGGUGGCAGCAUCGUCCCUAGAGAGCCCAUUGUUAAAAUUCGGUGCAAAAGAAUAUUUAUUUAGGGCAGCCUUAUGUCACAUGUGUAUUGAUGUGCUUAAUGCACAGCAUUCUGUUAACAAAUACGAAGAAAUGAACCCAUCUUUUGUGGAUUCAAGGGAGUGUAAACUGCUUAAAGUUCUCAUAGAGAAGUUGGAGGAACAGGACGUUGAUGGAUUUACAGAUGCUGUGAAGGAAUAUGACUCAAUCUCCAGAUUAGAUCAGUGGUACACCAGUCUGCUGCUCAAAAUAAAAAAAAACAUCCAAGCAGCUCCAGAUCUUUGUUAAUAAGUGUUUAUAUUUUAUAAAGAGAGAGAGAGAAUUAAAUAACCAUGGUGCACCAGUAUGAUCUUCUCAAACAAAAUAUGCCUUCAGAAAAUAUGUUUAAUGAUUCAUUUUGUAAAAUGUUUUUAGCUACCAUCUGGUAUUUAAAAAAAAAUGAAACUCCCUGAAACCAAACUACUUUUAUAAGCAAAGUGAAACUUACUGACAAGAAGCAUCAGUCAAUUAGUCUCAGGAAAACCUGUUGCUGAAACUAAUCGACUCAUGCUUUUUGUUAUGUUUAUAAAUAUCAUUUGUUUCAGGUAUAGAGGUAAAGAUCAUAAUGUGCCUUAAAAUAACUUAUAAUACAAAAACUCACUAGGUUUCCAAAGGGAAAUAGUUUACACAAGUAAAAAAAAAUCUAAAAUACUCUUUCAGUUUACAUCCAGAUUUCUUCUUGACUUGAUGUGUAUUUUAUACCCUUAAAAUGGCUGUUAAGAUUAAUAUUUGUAUUAUUCUAUUUCAUAUUAAUAAACAAAUUGCUGUAUUUU